AUGGACCACAGCACUAGCCACAGCAUUGCGGUGGGACACGGGAGCAGCGCUCAGCAGGAGGCUAGCCAAGCUCCCGUAGCUCAGCCAAAUACCAGCACCGAGACCACCCACACGGCAAUAAGGGCACUGGGCAAAACGCUCCAGUCUCAAGAAAGUCGCUUUAAGCUACUGCUUUCCAAAGCAUCCCACGUUGAACUACUGACCGAGAAACUAAGAAGCGAAUCAGCCAAGAAGGCAAUCAAAGAACUGCUGGAAAUUAUUGAAGGCAUGAAAAGUAGCCGUGAGGGGGUCACCAUGGCCUUCAACCAAGUCGUGGCGCAUGUCCGUUCUGACAUCAAGACUACUAUAGUCGCGGCUAAGCCUCCAAAACUCAAGGACUCUGAGACACAAUCCCCGUGCUGGUGGGACAUUGAACCCCCAACCAGUACACAGCACACCACAGAGGCAGAGGGUGAUGGCGCAGCCCCCCCCCCCAUGGACAGAAGUCGUCAAGAAGAAGGCAAAGGCUGCAAAACCACCGCGGCCUAA